GUGGGUUGAAGUGCUCGGCUGUGGUGCGAUAAAGAAAGAGAUCCUCGACCGUGGACUGGGCCCAGAUAGCGGCCUCCACGGUUGGGCCUUCGGGAUCGGCUUGGAACGUCUGGCAAUGCAGCUUUUCGAGAUCGACGAUAUACGAUUGUUUUGGUCCACGGACAAGCGAUUCUUGGACCAGUUUGCCGAUGGAGAAUUGAAGAAGUUCGAGCCUUUCAGCAACUAUCCACCAGUGUUUAAAGACAUCUCCUUUUGGAUCGAAGACUAUACCAAGUUUGAUUUGAACAGAUUCUUCGAAAUUUGCCGAGAGAUAUCCACUGACUGCCUCGAGUCAAUCGAAAUGAAGGAUGAAUUCUUCCA